AUGACGAAUAUGACUCAAACCUUAGGAACUGUUGUACAAAACUGGACCACUAGACCACGUCCUUCAAAAAUCGUGCUACAGGGAAACCUGUGUACUCUUGAGCCUCUGAAUGGUGAGAAGCAUGCAAAAGAUUUGUUCGAGUCAUUUAAGGAGGCGGGUGACGAAUUUUGGACUUAUAUUCCAAUUGGUCCCUUUGAUAGGCUAGACGACUAUAGGGCAUUAGUUGAUAAACUCAGUGUGAGUGAUGAUGCUCACUUUGCCAUUAUAAACAAAGAAAAAGGACGUGCUGUUGGUCAAUUAUGUUUGAUGAGGUGUGAUCCUGCAAAUGGUGUAGUAGAGGUUGGUUUUGUGUUGUUUUCCCCACAUUUAUGGAAAACCACGAUGGCUACAGAGGCGCACUAUUUGCUGAUGAAGUAUGUUUUUGAGGACCUGGGGUACAGGAGAUACGAAUGGAAGUGCAACAGUCACAAUGGGCCUUCAAGAAAAGCUGCAUAUAGACUCGGUUUCCAGUUUGAAGGAACAUUUAGGCAAGCUGAAGUUGUAAAAGGCAGGAACAGAGAUACUCAGUGGUUUUCUAUAAUAGAUAAGGAAUGGAUUGACUGUCGUUCUGCGUUUGAUAGAUGGUUGAGCGGUGAGAAUUUUGAAGAUGGAAAACAAAAGCUGGCUUUAAGUGAAAUUAGAAGCAAAAUUCUAGCAGAUAAAGAUUGA